CCCCGAAACUAUGUGCCCGCUAUGCUGCCAGCGCCAAAGAUGGCGGCACCGCCUCAGCGUGGCGGGCGGGACUCUUCCGACGCAGCUCAGCGGUGCCGCCUCCCAAGCUCGGGCCGGGCCGGGCCGGGGCCAUGGGCACGGCGGGCGGCGGCGUGCUGAGGCUGCCGGGGCUGCACGGCUACGCGGCCGAGUUCUCGCCAUACUGGCCAGGCCGUGUGGCCUGCGCCGCUGCGCAGUACUACGGCAUCGCAGCUUUGACUGGAAUGACGGCCUGUUUGAUGUGACAUGGAGUGAGAAUAAUGAGCACGUGUUGAUCACUUCUAGCGGGGAUGGGUCUCUGCAGAUCUGGGAUAUAGCGAAGCCCAAAGGUCCACUGCAAGUCUAUAAGGAGCACACUCAGGAGGCAUAUAGUGUUGACUGGAGCCAAACCAGAGGAGAGCAGCUAGUGGUGUCUGGUUCAUGGGAUCAAACAGCCAAGCUGUGGGAUCCAGCAGUGGGGAAGUCUUUACGUACUUUUAAAGGCCACGAAGGGGUCAUUUACAGCACUAUAUGGUCUCCGCACAUCCCUGGUUGUUUUGCAUCUGCUUCAGGUGACCAGACUUUAAGAAUUUGGGAUGUGAAAGCCCCAGGAGUCAGACUCGUGAUACCAGCCCACCAGGCUGAGAUCUUGAGCUGUGACUGGUGCAAGUAUGAUGAGAACUUGCUGGUAACUGGUGCGGUUGACUGCAGUUUGAAAGGCUGGGAUUUGAGGAAUGUCCGGCAGCCAGUGUUUGUCCUCCUUGGUCAUACCUAUGCUGUCAGAAGAGUGAAAUUUUCGCCAUUCCAUGCAACUUUAUUGGCCUCUUGCUCCUAUGAUUUUACCGUGAGAUUCUGGGACUUUUCCAAGCCUAACCCUUUGCUGGAAACGGUUGAGCAUCAUACUGAGUUUACAUGUGGACUAGAUUUAAGCCUUCACAAAUGUGGCCAGGUGGUAGACUGUGCUUGGGAUGAACUUGUCAAGAUCUACACUCCAUCAUGUCUGGCAGCUGCUGGCUAGAGAGAAAUUGAAGAUCUGACACACUGGGAACCUUUUUGUCAUCAUCCACAACAAGACUUGUGCUAAACUGCCAAUUGUGUCGCUAAUGUUUGUGUCUCUUUUCAAGUAAAAGCCUGAACCAAAGUGUUCUGCACUCGAGCUUGUAGACUUGUUCUACCACACUGGUAGCGCUUGGAUCAGCAAAAUGUUCAACAGCUACUGAAUGUCUCAGGAGUGACAGAAACAGAUAUGAACUGGUGUCUUCAGAACUAACUACCAACAAAAGUGUGUGAUUUGUCUGGCUAAUGAUGCCAACGGAGGCCAGAAUCUUCUUGAUUCUUAUAAAGAAUAAAAGUAACCGGCGGUGCUUUUGGAGAUUGUCGCUAUAGAAAAAGAGGAGUCUUCUCACUAUAAAGUACUCUAAUGUCAACCUAAGGCUUACAUCCCUAAGAUCCAUUUAUAUUGAAUUGUUUUUGCUCUGGCUCACAUUGCAUUAUCUUCUUGUGCAUUAUGAUGAAUACUCUUGAUGGGCAGUAAAUGUCAUAGUUUAUAGCCAACUCAUUCCUUUAACCUUUUUGAUUGCUGCUUCACAGAGAUGGUAAAGAUUAUUUUCAUACAUUUCUCCCUUGGAUCUCCUCGAGCAAAACAGUUAAUGAAGUCAUGCAGAAAAAUACUCCAGAGAUAUAGAGAAAACACUUAGGAAAAAAUGAAUUAUAAACAACCCUAAUUGGAUCACAAUCUCCAAGAUUUAGAGAUAUGAUAACCAUCUCUUCUACUAGACUUAUACUUUUACUUAGAGAAUUUUUCCAAGAGAUAGGAGUGUGGCCAUACAUUCAAGUAUUUCUGGACCUCACACAGUCUGCCCAAAGUGAGAGCUGAUGUCCAGAACGUGUGGAUUAACUGCAUGGCAUAAGCACAGCAGUUCCAGAGUAGCCAAGCUAUUAUCAGAUAUGCAAGAAUAUGUCCAACAUUUUACAGCUGUAGUAGCUAUGAACUAAUUAGUUUCUAUGCUCACUUUGACUCCUCAGUGAGUUUAUCAGGAGGGCUGGAACUAGAUGAUCUUUAAGGUCCCUUCCAACCCAAGUCUCUUGUCUUUGUUUCAUGCUAGCUAUUCAUCCCCCCAACCCCCCUCCUUUUUUUCAUUCUUUUUUCUUUCUUUUUUCUUUUUGUUUUCUCCAUAAACCUUAUUAAAACUGUCUAAUUUCUGCUGCUACCCCGUAUCAUCAGCCUUCAUCAUUUAAAAAGCACAGGGGCUAGGUCUUUGGCCAGGUUUUUAUAGUCUUCUGUUAAUGAAUGCUGUAUGCUUCUGGUCUGCGCCACUCAUAUAUCAAGCAAUAGCAGACAUUGCCAGACCUGCUGGAUGAAGAGAAGAGAUAAAGAAUUCAUCAGAGCAAGACUUGCAAGGUGUGAGGAAAGAAUUAUUGUGCCAUCUUGGAGCAUGGCCUGGGAGCUAGCGGGCAGCCACAGGGCAAAAUGGAUACAUUGAGUCAGUGCUAGGACAAGACAGAAAGAAACCCCCUUUCACAAGAUGAAGAAUUUGGAUCCAUGAUAAGUUUUUCUGGAUCAGUGCGAUCUGGAUUGCCAUUUCUUAAAGUGAAUGAAAUACAAAAUGAAGUAGAUUUUCUAUUGUACCAAACAGUUGUACUAAAUCCCAUGUUUGCUGCACUUUAAUUCUGCGUGCUGAGGAACGAUGCAUCCAUAAAGCUACGCUAUAUAGAGCUUUUCAGCAACAUCAAGGCUGGGAUUUAACGCUCUUGCAAAAUGACUGAAUCCAGAAGAUGUGCAAAGUGAACAAAAACUGUGGCCUUUACUCUUCCUGUUUGAUCUUUGAAUGGGGAGAACGAGCUCCAAUCUUUUGCACUGUAACAGAAGACAAAUCUGUCAGUAGUUGUUGCUGAAUCUUGAUUCUCAGGGAAUUGUCUUAAAGAUAUUUUUCCCCCGUUUACUGCUCACAGUGCUGGCUUCUGAGCUUUAUUUAUUGAAACAGGCCUUUGUCUAUGGCGGUCUCAAAGAUACAUGUUCUACUUUUACACUUGCUCUUGUGGAAGAUUCUGUUUUAUGUGAGUGUGUGUAGGUUUCUUCUCGGGUUCAAGAGACACAUUGAUUAACCAUGUUUUAAAGGAGUGGGUUUGUUAUUCUGCAGUGCUAUUAAAUUAAUUGCACACAGUA